CAACAGACAGACACAAAACUGGGAGGACAACCUGGAUGACGCACAAAAUGUGAACUUUACAACACAGAAAGUGGCUUUGAAGUAAUUUUUUUACACGCUGUAGAGGUUCUGGAGCGCUGUCUCAUGGGCCAACACACAAGUGGACUUCAGCGGAGGGGACAUCUUUGUUUUUAAACACACUGCACGGUCACUCGUGCAGAGGGAGGCAAGAUGCAUGCGGGCAAAGCUUUGCUGUGCGUCCUCCUCCUCCUCCACUGCGCCACCCUGAGCUCCCCUCUGUCCACCUGCGCCACCGUGGACAUGGACCACAUCAAGAGGAAGAGGGUGGAGGCCAUACGUGGUCAGAUUCUCAGCAAGCUCAGGCUGACGAGCCCCCCUCACUCCCAGGGCCCCGCUAAGAUCCCCUACCAGGUCCAGGCGCUCUACAACAGCACCAAGGAGCUCCUGGAGGAGCUGGGCCGGCACCGGCAAGAGACAUGUGGUCCAGACAACACAGAGACCGAGUACUACGCCAAGGAGAUCUACAAGUUCAACACGGUCUAUGGACCCACUGAGAGCAAUGAUCUGUCCUACUGCCCAAAGGGGAUCACCUCCAAGGUGUUCCGCUUCAACGUCUCGGCCAUGGAGAGAAACUCGACCAACCUCUUCAGGGCAGAGUUUCGAGCACUGCGGGUUCCGAACGCGAGAGCCAGGCGGAACGAGCAGCGGAUCGAGCUCUACCAGAUUGUGAGGCCCAACGAACACAUCAGGAAGCAACGCUACAUCAGCGCCAAGAACGUGCUGACCAAAGGGACUCCUGAAUGGGUCUCCUUUGACGUGACUGAAACAGUAAGAGAAUGGCUGCUGAACAGAGGAAGCAAUCUGGGUCUAGAAAUCAGCGUGCACUGUCCCUGCCACACCUUCAGCCCGAAUGGCGACAUCAUCGACAACGAGAAUGAGGUUCUGGAGGUCAAGUUCAAAGGUGUGGAUGGAGAGGAGGAGCAAAGUCGCUUGGACCUCAGCCACCUGAAGAGGCUCAAGGAGCAGAACCUGCCUCAUUUGAUCCUCAUGAUGAUCCCGCCUCAUCGCCUGGACAAGCAGUCCACACACAGACGCAAGAGAGCGCUGGACACCAACUACUGCUUCUCAAACACCGAGGAGAGCUGCUGCGUUCGCCGCCUCCACAUCGAUUUCCGGCGCGACCUGAACUGGAAGUGGAUCCAUGAACCCAGCGGCUACGAUGCCAACUACUGCUCAGGGCCAUGCCCCUACCUGAGGAGCUCGGACACGCCACACAGCUCGUUGCUGAGCCUGUACAACACCCUCAACCCGGAAGCCUCGGCCUCGCCUUGCUGCGUCCCCCAUGAACUGGAACCCCUCACCAUCCUCUACUACUCUGGACGGACCCCCAAAGUGGAGCAGUUGUCCAACAUGAUCGUCAAGUCUUGCAAAUGUAGCUGAGGAGGCAGGAGGACGACGGAUGGGCUUAGCGCUGACACAAAACCCGUACUGACUUUUGUGAUCGGGACAUUUCGGAAGAAAGUCUCCAUUUUUGUUUGCAUCGUGUACUUUUUUUGUGUCACUUCAGGAUGUCAUGUGUAUCUCACAUCGCCAAAAAGACAAUGUGAUUUUCUACAUUGCCACCAAAUAUCGGGUACACCAGAGCCGUCUCAUGAGAUCCAGUACAAGAGCCGUAGCAGAACUCCUGCAGAGCUGGACAGACGCAGGACAGAAAAGGCAGGACGCUCAGUUCUCUCGCCCUCUUCCCGCUUUGCGACAAGUAUUUUAUACGUCACCGUACGCUGACGGCGGGUUCUGUGUAAAAAUACAGGCAAAUAAAUGCUGGAUGGACUGUUCUUCAGCAAUUUCUGUGUAAAAAGAGAGUGCAACAUGUAACUUUGCUUCCUGUCAGGAGCCCCUUUCACGCUACCUUUUUUCCACCUUUCUUCUCCAGUGUCACUGCUCCGUAUGAGCAGGACGAAUUUGUCAGCUUUAACGUUAUUUUCCAAGCUGGAACAGAGGAGGGACGGCGCCUGCGCGUGAGGGUAUUCAUUCCACAGUGCCAGUGGCUUCUGUGUAAAAGGCACCGGUGAAUAAAUGCCGGGUUUACUUUUCAGCAGCAUAUUUUCUGUGCCAAAAUAAAAGAGGCUCGUGUCAAUCAGAAGCGGGCAUCGUGAUCUUGUACUGGAUCCCAUAAGACUGGUAUUACAGAGCGUUCUUUAUUAGAUCCCUUUCCCGUCAAAACCCGGUGGGCAUUAUCUUCAAACACAGAAGGAGAAAGGACAGACUGGCCGCUGUCAGCCAAGAAUCCCAAAGUGCGGUCACUGGGAGAAUGCCUUUUGGGAUCGCAAAAGGGAUGGAAAGUCGGUAGAGGGGAAGCGGAGCCAAGCUUUUUGGGUCAGUGAGCCAGCGGCAGCCUUUUUAGGGGGAGGAGGAGGACCACGAUGAUGGAGAGAGGACCUGAACCUUUGAUCUCUCACAGGUUUUGGGUGACAUGGUGGUGUUACGCAACAUAUUACGGCAUUUCUUUUACAUUAACAGCAGCUGUUAUGCAACUUAUAGGAAGUGUUUGACUGCAUUGCAGCUCGUCUACUGUUACACACUUCCUGUUAUUCUCACACACGCGCACACACACGCACACGCACACACACACACACACACACACACACACGCACACACUUAGAGGGAUGGUGGCAUUCCUCACGUUCCUCCCGCUUGGUGUCGUCCUGUAGUAAAGCCUCCGUGGGACAAAAGACGAGCCGUUAGAUGGCAGCCCCUUGUUUGUUGUUGCUUUUGGGACUUGUUCAUGACUGUUAUUAAAAAGAAGAAACGUGUAUGGAUCUGAUUUGAACUUGUUUGUUUUUAGAAACUAAUUCAUUAAUUGCGAGGAAUGAAUUGUUGGUUAAUCGUGUCCCGCUCAACACAACACAAAGGAGAGGAAACAGAAGUUCAGAACAUUCAUGGUUCAUGACAAAUACAGAAAAAUAAUCAUUUCAUUUGUUUAUGAAGGAAAUUUAGUCAACAAGCAUCCUUUGCUUUGUUUUAAUCGCAGUUAAAAUUUCCAGAAAUUCAUAAGAUUUUACGGCAUGGGCAGAUCAUUCUUGUCGUUUGCGGUCGUUACUGACCUUUUCCGUAAUUUCUAGGGAUCGCGUGAAUAUUCGCGAACACAUGGAGGCAUAAGCAGGAGGUUGGCCUGGGCGGAGUUUGGUUGUGUGUCAUU